AUUGUAUGUCCCCACCCAUGGAUUAUUUCAGAGCUUCCCACUAUACUCAAAGAACACAACAUAUAAAUCCAUAUAGCAAAUUGAAAAUAAAACACCUUCCAAAUCUACACCAAAUUACUCCAACUACCUAUACAUAUAUAUACAUACAUACAGGAAGAGAGAGAAAGGGGAGCUAGAGAGGUAGAGAGAGAAAGCUUGAUUAAGCUCUUCCUGUAUCAUUAAUGCUCGCCGUGUCGCCGCUGAGGAACUCCAAAAAUGAAAGCGAAAUCGAGAUGGACCAGGUCCUUCACCUGCCGCCGCCGCCGUCGAUGGAGGACCCAAUCGAGUUUCCCGACUUCGCCGGCGGGAGCCUGCUCGACAGCAUCGACUUCGACGACCUCUUCGUUGGGAUGAGCGACCUUCCGGAUCUCGAGAUGGACCCGCGCGAUAUCCUCGCCGAGUUCUCCGCCAGCGCCGGCGAGGAGUCCACGUCGGAGACCUACGCGCCGCCGUCCUCCGCCGACGAGGAGAGCAACAGCUCGGCCGCGAGGGAGGAGAAGCCGCCACCGUGUCCGGCUUCGGGCCUCGGGCCGGGCUCGACGAGUCCGUUCGGAGACGUGGCUAGCGCCAAGCCGGCGGCGGCGAAGGAGUUCUCAGGCGAAAAGGGGAGGAAAUCGAUGGCGAGCAACGGGAGAAACCCUAAUGGGAAGAGGAAAGUGAAGGUGGAUUGGACCCCAGAACUUCACCGGCGUUUUGUGCAAGCGGUGGAGCAACUUGGCGUGGAUAAAGCUGUCCCUUCCAGAAUUCUUGAGCUCAUGGGGAUUGAUUGUCUCACGCGCCAUAAUAUUGCUAGCCAUCUUCAAAAAUAUAGAUCUCACCGGAAACACUUGCUGGCCCGGGAAGCCGAGGCGGCUAGCUGGAGCCACCGGCGGCAGAUGUACGGUGGCGGUGGUGGUGGGGCGGCCGCCGGAAAGAGAGAGCACGUGAACCCGUGGAUCGCACCCACCUUAGGCUUCCCUCCGGUGACUCCUAUGCCUCAUUUUCGACCCUUACACGUGUGGGGUCACCCAUCUGUCGACCAAUCGUUGAUGCCCAUGUGGCCUAAACAUCUAACACCGCCACAUGUGUGGCCGCCAGCUCAUCCUCCGCCACCGGCCGCCGAUCCUUCUUAUUGGAUUCCCCAUCACCACCAUGUUCCUACGUCCACCGUAGCUCCUUGCUUUCCUCCGCCCCAUCUACGGCCUACGAGAUUUCCAACUCCACCAGUCCAAGGCAUCCCGGCAGCAGCUCCGGGACAAAAACCGGCACAACCCCCUUCGGACGUUCAUCCGUCAAAGGAGAGUGUGGAUGCAGCAAUCGGAGAUGUCCUGACGAAGCCAUGGCUGCCGCUGCCGCUAGGGCUGAAGCCGCCAUCCGUCGACAGCGUGGUGGUGGAGCUUCAACGUCAAGGGAUAUCAAAGAUUCCCCCGACUUGUGCUUAAUUAAUUAAUUAUUUAAAUAAGCACAAAAAAAACCAACUCGACGACUAUUCCUUCACUCGUGAGACGGUACAUUUGUCUAAUGGGUGCAUUGUGUUUAUUAAUUUUCCUCUUAAUGCGCGCGUGUCUGUGUUCUUGAGAUCUGUUUUUAUGACAACGAAGAACAUUGUUAUGAGUUCUUUCAGACAUUACGUCUUUUGUAUUGUACAUUAUGAUUAUAAGAUAUAGAGUUUUAAGCGGUACAAGCUUUUGCUUGUUAUGACCUAACAUUCACAUGGCUGGACUUGAUAUAUUAAUUUGAGAUCCUUUUAACAUUCACAUGUUCUGGAGAUCAAUUGCAUGCGAUGCGCUUCCAAGUUUCGAG